AUGGGCUUGGGGCAAUACAAAGAUUUAUCGACUAAACCUUUCUACAGUUACGAUGGAAGAGCCUCCGAGUCUGAGGGCAACCAUAAGCUGCACGAAGCUCCCGAUGCUCCGGGACGAGUUGCGUUCAUCCCAACCCUCGAUAACUUCCCUCACCAGGGUUUGGUGGGAGAGUUGCGGUUCGAGUCACUGCGUCGACAUGACGCGGGCAACUACACGUGUAGAGUGGACUUCCCGCAAGCACAGACCAGGAUGUCGAUGCUUACUUUAGACGUUCACGAACCCAUAAAAAAGCUGGUAGUGCUGAAUCUCAUCGAUGAAGAAAUUCACGGUGUGUCAGGCCCGCAUAAAGAGAACUCAGCGCUGCAUCUCAGAUGCCGAGCCUAUGGAGGACACCCGGUGCCCACAAUACAAUGGACCGAUGUCACGCGAGACUCGUCUGAAUUAUUUCCCGACUACACAUACACUGGACAAUCUGACGAGCCUCCCGAGACGAAGUUGAGCAGCGUAUCUUAUGACGACGUGACUCUCCCUGGAGCCUUGAGUCGUUUUUCCACAAGUUCUUACGCCGGCGAAGACCACAGCGACAGCGUCUUGCAGAUUGAUGCUCUAGGGCCGUGGGAUCACGGUAGAAAGUUGCAAUGCCAGGCGAGCAACAGCCAUCUUAUGGAAGCUGUCUCCGUCGCAGUCACACUUGAUGUCUUCUAUGGCCCAGCAAGCGUAAAAAUCGAGGGUCUCGACCUUCCUUUGGACGAGACGAAGGAAUCCGUUAUCGAGUGUCAGGCCGCGCAGUCUCGGCCCAGUCCUCGAAUAUCCUGGCAGCCUGAAAGUCUUUUCGUCAGCACAGGGCCCGCUCAAAAGCGCUCCGGUAACAGGACCGUCUCGAGGGCCCGACUAGCGGCCUCCUGGAAGGAUGACGGUAUCAAUGUUACAUGCACGGCUUCCAAUCCUUCAGUGCCACGCAACGUGAAAUCCACAUCAGCAACUCUCCACGUCCGAUUCGCACCGAGGGUGGCAGCCGUGCUUGCUCCCACCAUCGACCGCAGCAACAUCAAGGAAGGAGAUGACGUUUACUUCGAGUGCAAUGUACAAGCCAACCCACCUCCUAAAUCCAUCACCUGGCUGCAUAACGACACGCAGUUGGUGGCAGGUGAAUGGAGCGGAGGGUUGGCGCUACUGCACGGACCAAGUCUGGUGCUGCAGCGGCUCACUAGACUGGCUGAAGGGCCUUACAAGUGCAGGGCUGAAAAUGAACUCGGCGAGAGUACUUCUGAAGCUGCGCUCCUCAAAGUCAUGUAUCCCCCUGAAUGUGAGCGGUCUGAUGCGAGCGUCGUAUCUGCUCUACCAGACGAAGCCAUCGAGCUGCCGUGCAGAGUGAAGUCUCCAACUAGCGAGGUAUCCUUCCAUUGGUCAGUCAACACAUCCCGGGGGCUUUCUGAACUGGACACCUCGCUCUACACUCUGGAGGAUACGUUAAGCACUUUAAGCUUCGUACCUCAGGACUACGAACCCAUAUUGCUGAAGGCAGCAAAAGACGGAAAGUCAUCCGGAGCAAGCCGCUAUAAAGACUUGAGAACACCUACGGGCGAAGAGGUUUUUGGAGUGGUCUAUUGCAGGGCAUCUAGUAAAUUCGGCGAGCAGAAGCGACCGUGUACCUUUGUAGUCAAACCUGCUGGGCCCCCAGAGGAGUUGCUGUCGUGCUCGCUGGUAAAUCACAGCGCCACGUCGCUGGCAGUCACUUGCUCCCCCGGGUACAAUGGCGGCCUGCCGCAAACUUUCUCCGUCAGGGUUUUGGAGGAAGCGACGGGCGUUUCCGUGGCUAACGUGUCGUCAACUUCACCAAAUAUCGUUGUCGAGAAUUUGGCUUCUGGACAAGAUUAUCUUCUGGAAGUUCGAGCGGUGAACGCCAAAGGGGAGUCCAGGCCCUUUCUGCUGCAAGGCUUCGCACUCAAAGUUGCCGAGAACAAAAUACAUGCACUGAGUCCCGAGGGACGAGACCUGCAAUUGCUGCCGGUGUUCGUGGGUGUGGUGGCUGGAGUUGUGAUUAUGGUGCUGCUGCUGCUGCUGCUCACUCGACUGCGCUAUAAUGGCAGACAAAUGAGAACUGCAGCUGCCACCACUGCGUCACUUCCAAGCAUCAAAAAGGAAUCUUCAUGCUUAUCGACGGGCAGCGCUGAGAGGCCGGAGGUGCUGCGGCCACUACGUGAGGUGGUGCAUCGUGGCACCAUCACUGAAAAUUUGGGACAGAAAUGCAAGAUAGAAAACGGUGCCGGUGAAGGGAAACUGCAAAGAAAUUCGACUAAAGUUUCUAAAAAAAUUGAUGCAAGGGGAAGCUAUGACAUUCUCUGCAGUCCUGAUCUUGAGUGUAGUUCAGCAACGACAAGAAAAAUACAAACAGCAAAGGAGCAGAGGAGGUCUAAUUCAUUUUCAUAUCAUUCCAUCGAGAAAAAGGUUACGAAAUGUUCCCCAGAAAACUGCGGAGAAGAUAAACCGUCACCAAGCCUGGCUUCUACUUGGAUGAAAAAAUGGAAACAUGACAAGUCUGGAGUGCUUACGAAAGAUAAUUUUUCAGAAUCAAAUGUUGACAAUGAUUCAAUUCGAAAAGAACACUCGAUAAGCGAAGAAUUUUCAUAUCAGUCACUUAAACGACAUCGAAAAACUGGAGCUGAAAUUCCAGAAGUUGUGACUCUAAUAAAAUCUCCUUCAGGGGACCUUAGUCACAUCCAUACGCUGCCCAGAACUGUGGGGGACAAGGUCGCUAAGAAUGAAAGCGUCAAGGCCGCUCACACGCAGCUCGUUAAUUCUAAGGGACAGGGAGAGUUGUUACUGGACUCUGACAAUUUAUUAUACUCAUCAAAAUUUAAAAACUGUACUAGACGACGGGAUGAGAGUUUUGUUUAGGCUGCAUGUUAUUAUAGAGUUAAAUAGAUUUCAAUCUCAAUUCCGUUUAGGAUACCUCUAAUUAAUUUAGUAGCUGAAUUUUAUUUUACAUUUCAAUAAGAUAUUAAUUACAAAUUUCGAAAUCAACAUAUUUACAUCCCUUUCAUGAAUUUUGUAGAUGAAACUAUUAUAAUUGGGUAAGUAAUUGUGAAGUUAUCCAUGUUAGUUAGUUAUUACUUUUUGCUAAAAACUGGUUGCAAAUAGUAAACUUGAAACUUUUAUGUAUGAAAAUAAGUAAUCUAUUUUUAUAUAAUCAAU